CCCACCCGGCCGCCCCCGCCGCCGUCCCCGCCGCCGGGCCUCCAGCGCGCGCCUCGCCACCAUGGCCAGCCCGGCUUUCACCCCGUAAAGAUGGCGCUGCGGGAUCGCUGCAACCACCUUUAGACUCAUGACUGUCCGAAACAUCGCCUCCAUCUGUAAUAUGGGCACCAAUGCCUCUGCUCUGGAAAAAGACAUUGGUCCAGAGCAGUUUCCAAUCAAUGAACACUAUUUCGGAUUGGUCAACUUUGGGAACACAUGCUACUGCAACUCCGUGCUGCAGGCCUUGUACUUCUGCCGACCGUUCCGGGAGAAUGUGCUGGCUUACAAGGCCCAGCAGAAGAAGAAGGAGAACCUGCUGACCUGCCUGGCAGAUCUCUUCCACAGCAUUGCCACGCAGAAGAAGAAGGUCGGUGUCAUCCCCCCCAAGAAGUUCAUUUCCAGGCUGAGGAAAGAAAACGAUCUCUUUGAUAACUACAUGCAGCAGGAUGCUCACGAGUUUUUAAAUUAUUUGCUAAACACUAUUGCGGACAUCCUGCAGGAAGAGAAGAAACAGGAGAAGCAAAAUGGGAAGUUAAAAAAUGGCAACAUGAACGAGCCUGUGGAGAAUAACAAGCCAGAACUCACCUGGGUCCACGAGAUUUUUCAGGGAACACUCACCAAUGAGACCCGAUGCUUGAACUGUGAAACCGUUAGUAGCAAAGAUGAAGAUUUUCUUGACCUUUCUGUUGAUGUGGAGCAGAAUACAUCCAUUACUCACUGUCUAAGAGACUUCAGCAACACAGAAACACUGUGUAGCGAACAAAAAUAUUAUUGUGAAACGUGCUGCAGCAAACAGGAGGCCCAGAAAAGGAUGCGAGUGAAGAAGCUGCCCAUGAUCCUGGCCCUGCACCUGAAGCGGUUUAAGUACAUGGAGCAGCUGCACAGGUACACCAAGCUCUCCUACCGUGUGGUCUUCCCGCUGGAGCUGCGCCUCUUCAACACCUCCAGCGAUGCUGUCAACCUGGACCGCAUGUACGACCUGGUGGCCGUGGUGGUGCAUUGUGGCAGUGGUCCUAAUCGUGGGCAUUAUAUUACUAUUGUGAAAAGUCAUGGCUUCUGGCUUUUAUUUGAUGAUGACAUUGUAGAGAAAAUAGAUGCCCAAGCUAUUGAAGAGUUCUAUGGCCUGACGUCAGAUAUUUCCAAAAAUUCAGAAUCUGGAUAUAUUUUAUUCUAUCAAUCAAGAGAAUAAUUUAAAAAGAACUGGGGGACUCAUCCUAGUAGGGGGAGGGGGAAGGUUUGAAGCACUGUUCCAGGGUUCUCUGCAGACCAUCCUCCCCACCCUGGCGGCCCACCCGUGGCAUUGCUUCCAGUCCUGGGGCUCCAGCUGUGUGAGUCUCUUGUCUCUCUCUCUGUGUCUCUCUGUUUCUCUUUGUUCAGCUGCUUGAGGCUCUCUUUCUCUCUCUUUCUCUCAUUCUCUCUCUCUUUCACUCUUCUCUGUCCUCUCUCUCCUCUCCCUGCCCCCUAUUCCUCUCCAUUCAGCACUAUGUGUGGUUUUCUUUUACUCUGAGGUAGCGUUAACUGCAAUCAGAUUGUAAGUAAGGGUUAUAUGCAUAACAGUUGCCCAUUUUAGGAUUGGGCCCAUGCCAUUUCCCUGGUUCUGGCUGGCUGGAUUCGAAUGGCAUCUCUGGCACAUGUCUGCAAUCUUUUCUGGGUUGUCAGCCUCCACCUUCCUAAGUAGCUGCUGGAGCAUCUCUUCUCUGGUGUUUCUUCAAAUUGUACCUGGAAGCCAGAGGACCAGGCUAGGUGUUCACCCUUUGGGGCAACACCUGUAGCUUUGUACGUUUUAAAUGUUUAAAAAUGAAUCACCUCAGUUCUAAAAUUCUCGAGGGGUACAGUGGUGGCAGCAUAAAUGUGGACCAGGGUGAAGAGAUAGCCAAAGAAGUGGUGAACACUGCCUGCCCCGUUACCCUCCCCAGGGUUCAAGGCAGGCAAAGCCAAGAGGAGGGAGACAGUGGUGGACAGUCAAAAGUGAUUUUGCUGUUCUUUCUACCAAAACCAAGUUUAGGAGAGGAGCUCUGUGUGGCCUGCCUGUCUGUGGUGACAGACUUUUCCUUUCUUGGAGGCCGUGUGAGUGUCUAUAUUUCUUCUGGCUCUGCUGAGUGCUCCAGGAAGUUCCCAUCACUGGCAGUGAGCACCUCAGAUGCUCUCACACUGUGGAACCAGAACUGCUAAGGCUGGUUCCCCUCUCCUGCCUUGGCCAUGAUCUAUCGCCCUUUUCAACCUUUCAGCCUGUUUAUGGAGUUGCUGGAGUUGGAUGCAGGAGGGAGAGUGGGGUUCAAAGGAUAUGGCAGUGGGUGGGUAAGGGAUAAGCAAGCACAGGGCAGCAUGUCUUGGGCCCACGCUCCCAGGAUGCUGUCUGAGAUGGGAGUUUUCUGGGAGGGAAGGACCUCAUCUCGCCAUAGUUACUUUUACUUUUGUUUUCUUUUGUUAUGUAUGUAUUUAUUAGAUCAUUUGCGUAUUAGUACCUUUUAUUAAAAAGGUCGUUAUUUUUUUUCUUUUUUUUUUUUUUUUUUUUGCCAUUGAGCAGCUUUCUGGUUUUCUACAAAUCUAAUGAGUCGUACAGCUUGGCUUCUUAUGUGAAGCCAGUGGACUUCCAUACACUAUAAUAUACUGUGAACAUAUUCUUUUGUUAUCUAAAAUCAAUGAACAAACACACAAACUUUCGGCAUAAUGUGAACUAAAAAUUGAAGUUGGAAAUGUUAGUGGUUAUCUUGCAACAACUAAGAGCAUAGCACUUUAUCUAGAUGAAAACUGGAUUUCUUACCUUUGAAAUACCUUAAUCUGAUGGUUGCUCAGAACCUAAAUAAGCAUGCUAACACUUCAUUUGUUCAUGCUUGAAGUGAAAUAUUUUGCUUUUCACUGGAAAAGACAACAACAACAACAACAACAACAGGGUUAUUUUCAUGUUAUUGUUUUUUAUACAAGUGAUGAAAAUAUACCUUGCCUUGUUUAGAGGCAAUUUCAUAUUUAUAAAUACUUUGUCUUUUUUUCCCUUCCUUCCAUGAAACAUGCAGUGAUUACUUAAUCUGGAAAGUGAGUCUUUAUUCCGUUUUUAAAGAGAAACACUUUCCACUUGAAGGGGGUUGAUAUAGGGAACUGAUUGUACUAUAUAUAACCCAUAUAUUUGACUGCAGGUUGCAAAAAUCUAAAAAAAGUGAUGGUUGAUCUCUAAUAUAUUUGGAACUGAUUCAUAAGAAAAAAAUAAUUAAAAUUAUCUUUGGAAAUGA